AUGCGGAUUUCCUCUCUCGUUCUCUUCGGCCUGGCUUCUGUGGCGGUCGCCGACCUCAACUCUUGGAACGAUGUGGUUGGCGAUGUCCCCCAGUGCAUCAAGACCUGCCUGAACGACUACUACAACACCGUUGGUCUCAAGUCCAAGUGUGGAAGUCCCGAUUCAGCCAGUAUGGAUUGUCUAUGCGGCGUCAAGGAUACUUAUGAGAAUAUCCAAGAUGAUGCCUCCGACCUGAGCGACUGCAUUACAAAUGGCUGCGACUCCAGUGAACUUUCAGAUGCUUCUUCAAAGCUUGAGGGUUUCACCACCCGAUUCACUGAACUUUACAAGCAGUGCUCUAAGAAGAGCGCGGCCAGUUCAUCUCUUCCCGGCUACAAUGCAAUGCUGGCCUCUGGAGCCCUGCUGCUGGCAGGCGCGGCCCUCUAG